AUGAUGUCCAUCAUGAACGAUCUGAUAUGGAGUCCACAAUUGAGGUUCCAUAUCGACAGCUCCGCGGCGAAAACCGGCAGCGUCGCGUUCCUGCCUGGGGAGGAUCCGCCACCUCGGAAUGCGGUUUCUGUGGUUUCAGGAUGUCGUAAAACGAAGGCGCCUCACCGACUUCAGCAAGAUUAUGGCGCGGUCAGCCCAGCAGACAUGCUCACGAAAUCCUUUUCGAUCUUGAUUGCGACAACGCCGAUGGAGGCAGUCUGGUUCAGGGCCCCGCGGCAGGACGAGCGAGGGGUGAAACCUCAUAGGUGGGCCGACGUGGAGGAUUCGGACAACGUCGAUUUUGUCCACGGUAAGUUGCUCCUGUGA